AUGGCGAUGCAAGAAUUUUCAGGCCGUCCACAUUUGAAAUUGGAUCAUGUACCCUCAGUCCCCGUGGAUUUAAAAGAAAUGAAGGCAGCACGAAUGCCCGUCUCUUCCAUUCGUCGAACUGAGGAGCUGAUGAAUCUGCAUACUACGGAAUUGGAUGAAAGUAGUAGUCGGCUAUCUGAUAGUAUUGGCGAACCAAAGGAAAAAACCGAUGAAACAAAUACAAGCGAACUUAUUCAGGUUUGCUCCUUCAUUUCAUAA